ACCACAAGUCUCGGGUGCAGCCCUCCAACUGCUUCGACCGGCCCUGGAGCAGGCCCCGGCACGAUGCGCUUGAACCCGCUCUCCAAAGGCCAAGCCCCCUUGCUCCCCUCGCUUCCCUUUCUCACCGCUCUGCCCCUGACCUCCCUUGCCGUCACCAUCCCGUUCCCUAUCUCAUCCACCGUCUCCCUCAAUACACUCGCCUCGGCAACCACCUCUCCUAGCCCUUCCUCCACCCUUGCCCUCUUCAGCGGUGUCUGCUCCUCUCCGUCCCUCCGUCGCUUCCUCGUCUCCCGCCGGAAGACCGAUGGGUCCCACCGCGGUUCGAUUCGCGCCUCGAUGAUGGGUGCGGUGGGGGUGGCGGGGGUGGCGGGGGUGGCGGGGUACGGAACCCCUCUUGAUGCGGGCUUGAACGGCACGGGUGUGGCCGUCGAUGCCGGCACAUGCGGCACCCAGCGAUGAGUGGCUGGCACCGACGUCUGGGUGGAGGCCCAUGGAGGCGGGGCGACUGUGAUGGUGGCAGGACGAGGGAAAGGGGGAGUGGCGAACGAGGGGGCGGGCAAAGGGAAAGGAGGAGUGAUGAAGGAGGGGGCUAGGUGGGCCGACCCGACUGAAAACCGCGGGCCCGCGUGAUGCGACCAUGCGCGCGUGCACGGUUCAGAGGACUGGCUAUAGCCAGCCC